UUCUCAGUCACAACCUGCCAGUGUCCACAGAGGAGGACACUGAGUUCUAACCACAUUUAGGAACCUGUCCAGAGACAACUGGGAUCAGUGCUGGGACACAAGAGUUUGGUUCCUCUGGAACCCCACACUGCCUUUCCUUUAAAGCCAUCAGGUUGGGCCCUGGUGGGACUUCACAUCUUGCCGGCAGCAGUGGGACAGGCAGAUCCUCAAGGAUGUGUCCUUGUACGUCGAGAGUGGGCAGAUCAUGUGCAUCUUAGGGAGCUCAGGCUCGGGGAAAACCACGCUGCUAGAUGCCAUGUCCGGGAGGCUGCGGCACACGGGGACCUUCCUGGGGGAGGUGUUCCUGAAUGGCCAGUUGCUGCACAGGGACCAAUUCCAGGACUGCUUCUCCUAUGUCCAGCAGAGUGACACGCUGCUGAGCAACCUGACCGUGCGGGAGAUGCUGCACUAUGUGGCACUGCUUGCUGUCCGCUGCUGCUCCCCAGGUUUCUUCCAGAAGAAGGAACUGUUGUCUUGGCAUUGGCAGCCCCUAAAAGUCCUGCAAAAUCCUCUCUGCCUGAAAGUACCUUCUGAGCAAAUCCAGUCCACAGAGGUGGAUGCAGUCAUGGUGGAGCUGAGUCUGAGCCACGUGGCAGAUCAGCUGAUUGGCAAUUCCAACCUUGGGGGAAUUUCCAACGGCGAGCGGCGUCGGGUCUCCAUUGCAGCCCAGCUCCUCCAGGAUCCCAAGGUCAUGCUGCUUGAUGAGCCCACCACAGGCCUGGACUGCGUGACAGCAAAUCAGAUCGUUGUCCUCCUGGCCGAGCUGGCUCGCAGGGACCGCAUUGUGAUUAUCACCAUCCACCAGCCACGCUCUGAGCUCUUCCAGCUCUUUGACAAAAUUGCCAUUAUGAGCUACGGAGAGCUGGUUUUCUGUGGGACACCAGUGGAAGUGCUUGAUUUCUUCAAUGGCUGCAAUUACCCUUGUCCCGAACAUUCAAACCCUUUUGACUUUUAUAUGGACCUGACAUCAGUGGAUACCCAAAGCAAAGAACGGGAAAUAGAAACCUACAAGAGAGUCCAGAUGAUUGAAUCUGCCUACAAAGAAUCAGCAAUUUAUCACAAAACCUUGGAGAAUAUUGAAAGAGCAAGACACCUGAAAACAUUGCCAAUGGUUCCUUUUAAAACCAAAGAGUCUCCUGGAGCUCUCUCUAAACUGGGUGUUCUCUUGAGGAGAGUGACCAGAAACUUCCUGAGAAAUAAGCUGGCAGUGAUUAUGCGUCUUGUUCAGAAUCUGAUCAUGGGUUUGUUCAUCAUUUUCUAUCUUCUGCGGGUCCAGAACGAUGUGCUGAAGGGUGCUGUCCAGGAUCGCGUGGGUCUUCUGUACCAGUUUGUGGGUGCCACCCCAUACACAGGCAUGCUCAACGCUGUGAAUCUGUUUCCUUCGCUGCGAGCUGUCAGCGACCAGGAGAGCCAGGACGGCCUGUACCAGAAGUGGCAGAUGCUGCUGGCCUAUGUGCUGCACGUCCUCCCCUUCAGUGUCAUUGCAACCAUGAUAUUCAGCAGUGUGUGCUACUGGACUCUGGGCUUAUAUCCCGAGGUUGCCAGAUUUGGGUAUUUCUCUGCUGCUCUCUUGGUUCCCCACUUAAUCGGUGAAUUUCUAAGUCUUGUGCUACUUGGAAUGGUCCAAAACCCAAAUGUGGUCAACAGCAUGGUGGCUCUGCUCUCUAUUGCUGGGAUAUUUGUGGGAUCUGGAUUAAUAAGAAACACAGAAGACAUGUCUAUUCCUUUUAAAAUCCUCAGUUACUUUACAUUCCAAAAAUAUUGUUCUGAGAUUCUUAUAGUGAAUGAGUUUUAUGGACAGAAUUUCACUUGUGGUGGCAGCCUGAAUGGUUCUGUGACAACUAAUCCAAUGUGCGCCUUCACCCAGGGAAUUCAAUUCAUUGAGAGAAACUUCCCAGGGGCAACAUCCAGAUUCACGACAAACUUUCUGAUUUUGUAUGCCUUUAUCCCAGUUCUUGUCAUCCUAGGAGUAGGUGUUUUUAAAGUAAGGGAUCAUCUCAUUAGCAGAUAGUAAAGAAUAUUGCUGCAGACAUGGACCUGAAGCCCCAGAGGUGCUUGGCUACUUGGGAUGUCUAAGAUAAGAAAGCCAAAUGUUUCUUGAUGAUACAUCUUAAGUUCUUUAACCAUUAAAUCUCCUAUCUGUGCCCCUCA